UUAUAUAAAUAAAUCGUUGACUUAGAUGCCGCUGUGAUUAGCAUAAUGGUACUCACCGCUGUUGGUGCGUUGAGCGUUGGUAAGGUCACAGGGCGUGCCGUAUGUCUUCCCGUCGGUGGCGCACACUUGCAGGCCGCGCAGGAUCCCGGAGGUGCAUUGGCAGCUCAGCUGCGGCAUCUGCGACAGCACGCCUAUGCAAACAGAACGUUGACCUUUGAUUUUCCCGUUUUCAUUAAUAUAAUAUUUUUUAUUCUUAUUAUAAUCAUUAGUUAUUAUUACGACCUUAAUAUUUCCUCCAGUGAAUAAUGUUUUUGGAAAAUAAUUCAAGUCGUUAGCCUUACCGCCCGCGCUGAUCAUCACCAGGAAUACAGCAAUGACUAGGCCGCUCAUUUUUUUCUCGGGACAAUUAUUAAAGAAAUGGGAUAUUUUAGUAUUAAUAGAACAGGUGGAUGGAUCGUUAUGGUUAUAGUGAUUUUUUAUUCGGUUUAUAUACUUAAUUCUACGGGGAAUUCCGUAGAUUUUAUUUGACGUAGGUUCAGGAGCGGAUGACGGUGGUGGACCGUCACGAAGCGCGGUAGGGAGGCGAUGCUAGUGUUUAUCACGUGUUAUUGUUGUCGUGUGGACGCGGGCGCGGCGGUUACCUUGUGGAGUGUGUUGAUGCAGCGGCAGCACAUUUUUUUCGAAUAUAGUGUACCGUUGCACGUCAAUGGCCCCUCCAGAAAACACGCUGUUUCAGUUCUUCCAAUCUUUCCACGAAAAAUGCGUAACAAAUGCACUUUUGAAAAUUUUUUUCGUAUUUGCCCCUCCCACUAUAUAUCUGUAUGUGUGCAUAUAGGACCAUUCUAAAGCUGAUCGAAUGUGACACGGAAAGGGUCUGUACGUGUGAAAUUGUUACAGCUUUUGCUUCCCCUUUUUUUCUGCGUCUGCUAACUCUUCCGUCAAUAGAAACAAUUUAUAAGUAACAAUACAAAUAAAAAUAAUAAUUAAAUAAAUUAUAUCAAAUACAAUACAUAUAAAAAUAAUAAUUUCAAUAAAUUAUAAAUAUAUAUAGCAAUUUCAAUCAGGAUUUUACACGUUAAUAGUACUUAUUAUAAAUUACUUUUAUUACAGUGAUAAAAUCAGUAAAAAUUAAAAUACAUGCAAACGAUAAACAUUACUGUACAGUGCUUACUAUAUACAGUACUACACUGUCCUAACUGUACUUUAGUACAUAAAGAAUGGAUACACAUUAAAUGUACGUAGGCAUGUUUUGCCAGUAGAUUAAUACAAUUAUAAAAUUUUAUUACUCGCACUUGCGUGUUUAUUAGCUUAGUAACGCUAUACAAGUCGCAAAAUACAAUGCUGAACUGCAUGAUAAACAUUAUUCUUUCUAUGACCUUUGUGACCUUUGCCUAAAGAAAAUCAAGUUUCAUGUGUGCCGCUGCGUACAGUACUGUAUAUGGUGCAAAUAUACUGUAAUAAAUUGCUGAUUAUCGUUAAAACCGUUAAAAAGCUCAUGCUCUGACUCGCAGCGCGAUGGCGGCGCAGCGUGCCCACUAUCCCGAUCCGCCGCUGAACCCGUACGAAUCCCCGGGCUACUACAGCUACGCGCCCUACCCCCGCGCCUACGAGCAACCCACCGCCUACGACCACGCCCCGCUCCCGGAGGCCCCCGCGCCCGUCGGUCCCUGGCGCCCGACGGAGCGCCCGGUGGGUCGGGACGGCCUCCCGAUGUUCCCGGCCAGUCCCCCGCAGCCCUACGUCCCGCGCUACAUGACGGAACGGGAGGCGGCCCUGCUGCAGUGCGCCCCACCGGAGACCACCGCCCACCUCCAGGGUCCGGGGCACCUGGCGCACCUGGACGUCCCGGCGUAUCACCCGGAGGUUAACCAGCCUCUCCCGCGACCUCCUCCGCCCGUUACGCCACGUUCCACGUGUCCGCGGUGCGGCGCCAACUGUCUGUGCAACCAGGAGACGGUGGUGGCGCCCCGGUCGCGUCCGGCCAGCGCCAUGCCCCGCGGGAACUGCGAGGAAUUAUGCGCGAAGUUAAAUCAGGCCUCGGGAGUGUGCCGAAGGUGCGGGGCGUCGUGUGCGUGCAACUGCGCCGGGGUGGGGCAAAAGGUCAUGCCUGGACAGUCACCGGCGUCGGAGCUGCCGAGCACGGCGCCCGGGCAGGUGCGGAAAUGGAUGAAUUUGCCGCAGGGCGCCGCUAAGAUCAAAGACCGACUGUACCAGUACCGGCAGGACCAUAAGAUCUCGGGAUAUGCCGGACAUUUUCCCAACACGCAUAAUAUGCUCGGUGGAUCGAUUUACCGGUUAACAUCUAACGAGCAAUGAAUUUAAAACAAAUUUUUUUUGUACCUAAUGUAGAAUUAUGGCGACCGCCCACAGAUGUCGGCAGUUAUUUUUUUUACUGCAUUAAAAUAUUCUAUUACGACGGCCGCCCGCGGAUGCCGAUACUUGCAGUCACAGUUUUGCAGCAUUAAAAUCGGUGCAUUAUGACGGCCGCCCGCAGCUGCCGAUUAAAAAUUAUUUGCGCCAGAGUAAUUAUACCGCAACCGGCAUUAAACAGCGUACAUGUAUAAUUAUUGUUGAGUUUGUUUUCGUGAUGGAAUUAAAUGAGAUCUGCGAUAAAAUGAGACAUUGGUCCGCUGAUAAACAUCUUUAACCGACACCGUAGUUAUGAGUAAGGGUCGCUGAUUAACCGAAGGACAGCCCGCACUCACAGUAAUCUAGUGCGAUUUCACGUCAACCGGGCGCCCAGUCACUCGACCGCACACUUCACCUACCCCGAAGCGCCGCACUCCUGACUGCUAAUUCCUCGAUUAGCCAUACAUUUCGCUAUUCGAGAUUUGCGUCAAAGUGCGGUCGGCUUGAAUCAGCUGCUCGCCGGCGGCCGCGUAUAUAAGCCUUCGACCAGACUGGAUUUAAUCCGUUGCGAACUUCGCAUUUUGCUUCCGGCAGUCGAAUUCUACUGUACGUUGCAUAUUACUAAAGAAAUCCUAUAAAAGAUAACCAUGUUUUCCGUUCGCGCCGCUUCGGCGCAUCAUCGGCCUCACGUUAAUCUGUGCCUCGUACUUCUGCUAUGCAUUUUGUCGCUCUACCUCUCGACGCAGCCGGUGACCGGCCGCCGGGCGGGCGGCGGCGGCCGUAGCAGCAGUAGCGGCCGCAGCAGCAGCAGUCGCAGCGGCGGCUCCUGGGGCCGCUCUUCAUCCU